AUGGCAGCUUUCUCUAGAAACAAACGAGUUUCUGGCUUCUUCCACGAAGAAGCCAGAGCUCGACUUCUCACCUCUGAUCACCAAAAUCUCAGCUCAUUUUCCACGGGAACUGUUUGUUCCGACUGCAAUGACUCAAUCUCCCUCUCAGCUCUCGUGCAUGGCUUUCUCGAAGAACACACCAACAACAAUGAUAACUCGGUGGCUAACGAGUUUAAAACGGACCGAGUCGACUCAAUUGACGAGUCGUCUAUGCUCAAAAGAUUAAACGAUGUGUUCUCAAACAAUGUGGAUCAUUACAGAAUCAAGCUUCUCGAGCACGUUUCAGAAGCAAUUGAAUUCUUCGCGUAUUUAAAAGAGCGAAACGUUUAUAAUUUCAGGCAAAGCGUGGCGGCGUUUCUCAGAGAGAAAGGACACGAGGCGGCGGUUUGUGUUACCACGUGGAACGCUUACGACGGUGCUAUAACCGCCGGUAGUUAUGAGUUCAUCGACGUGGUGCAAACAGGAUUCAUCAUGCGGCGGUAUUUCGUGGACCUGGAAUUUCGCGCUCAAUUUGAGAUUGCUAGACCGACACGGCGGUUCUCGGAGGUGUUGAGUUCCGUUCCCGUCGUUUUCGUCGGAGGAGAGACGGAGCUGAGACGUACGGUUACGAUUUUGUGCGAUGCGGCGAAGAGGUGUUUUGUGAGUAGAGAACUUUCAAUUCCGCCGUGGAGAAAAACCCGGUUCAUGAAGAAUAAGUGGUUUGCGCGGUCCAGACGAACCGUUGAUCCGGUUCAUGGAAAACCGGUGAAAGUAACGGCAAUGGAAGGCGUUAGUUGUAGGUUUUUGGGUUUUGACGACGUGGCUACGGAGACUAGACGGGGUGGAGCCGUUACUGUUCGAACGAGAUGA